AUGGCAACAACACAAUAUCGUUUAUCCUAUGUACAUGUUCAUUGUCCGUGCCAGGUGUGCAAUUCAAACGCUGUGUCGUCUAUUGCAACAGAACAUCGACAUUGGAGCAGGGCAUGUGAAUGUAUGGAUACUGAUGUUGAGUAAGUUACCAGCAAGUUGAUAAGCAGUAGCGAGUAACCCUGUAGGGUGCCAGUGGACCAUGGUCUAUUGGUUCAUGGGCCCUCUAGAUGGAUGUGGCCCAACAUAAAAGUUAAUUUUUGGUAGUGUGACUGGGUUUUAGCUAAAUCUUCAAUAUUUGCAGUCACUUUCGUAGUGAGGUGAGUUAAUUACGCGAUUCUGUGUUAUUCUUGGGUGGGGGUUUAAACUUUAGAGGGUUUAAUAUUUAUUGUUAUAUAGUUAGUGUCAAAGUUCAAUUUUUCUGUUUGCCGAUUGGUCAAAACCGUAUCACGUGCCGGUCCACAAACGUCAUGUUAGGCAACCGGUCCACAAUGAAACAUUUAUUGACCGGUCAAUAAUAAAAUGGGUGCAAUACACAUGCGUGUCAACCCCAAAGUUGCUGGAAACAUUUUUUUUCACCAACAUUUUUGGGGAAAAUAUGGUACCGUGGUAAUUUUUGGCCCAAUGUAGAAAUCUUAUGCAGCCAGAUGUGGUAAUUGCCUCGGAAAAAACCUGGUCACACUGAAGGGGUCCCACUUUUCUUCUUGACCAAAUGUAAUUUCCAAAACUGAGGAAAAACUCGGGGGAAGAGCAAAUGAAUUGGUAAAUCUUCCAAUAAAUAGUCCUACAAUCUCCUAAUUUUCAGGAAGUAACAAGUGUGGGCACUGGAACCCCCACUCGCUUAGGGCUCGUGUGUUGUACAUGUGCAUAUAUCCCAGCUCAUAGCGUUGUAGAACAUUGUGAUAUCUCUUUAUAUGUUCUAAAAUUCUUGCUGAAAGCACGUGUACAAUUUGAUAAUAACUAAAAAAACAUAUGGUUUCUUUAAUUACGAUUGAUUGCAAUCAUAUAAAUAUAAUUGAUAGUUUGUAUUGGUCUUCCGUGGUAAUGCUGGUAUGAUCAUGAUCCAACAAUUCAAUAAUUAAGGCAUUGUGAAUUUAUAGCAAUAUCUUAUAAAAGUGCAAACUGUUAAUUAGAUUGUACACUCGUACAUCAACACUGUUUAUUUUUAGAAGUGAAACAGCCAAGUGUUCUGACGGUGAAUUAGGUGGAGGUCUGAAUGAUUUAGAUGUACAUCUAACUGUUGGCAACAAUAUCGCACACACCACUUUUCAUGAGGAUAUGUCUUCUCUUGGGAGUACCAGUAUGGAACCUAGUGAUGAUGAGUGUGAUCCAAUAGCAGACGGUGAUUGCACACUUGAGUCUCCUUUGACUAAUCCUGACGAAAGAGAAAUCGUUACUGCAAUUUUAGAAGCACUGAAUUUGGUGGACCAAAUGCAAGGCUCUCAUAAAGAUUUUGUCGAUGUGUUGGAAUUCGCAGAAAAACUGUAUUCAAGAAACUACGAUGGGGAACAACCAGUGAAAUAUAUGUGGCCCAAGAGUUGGAGGGAGACAGAGAUGAUUUUAAAAAAAUGUGGCUACAGUGAUCCAAAGGAAUAUUACAUAUGCUUGGACCAGUCUCACUAUUCAAAAUGGGACGUCAUGUUGAAUUCUGAAGACAGUUGCAAGUACUGUGGAAAAAGUGGAAACAUAAAGUAUUAUUAUCUUGGAUUGCCAGACAAAGUCAAAAGAUGGUGUUCAAAUGCUAAUAUGUGCAAGGAAAUGAUGGCACAUUGGGAAAACAAAGAACACUGGAUACGUGGCAUUGGAUCAAACUUUAUUUUGAAAGAAGUAUGGGACGGGUCUAGAUUUAAUGAGUUAUCCUGGUUCUGCAACCCUGAGUGUUCCUGGAUGUUACCUUUUCGAUGUAAAUUUUGCAAUUCUGUGAUUGGUGCUAAAGAAAUAGAAGAAUCAGAACAAAAUGAAGAAUGCUACAAUGUCCAAUGUUCAGAAUGUGGUACUAAUCAUGAUCAUAUACCAUGCUUUACCAAUGGAAACCCGCAUAACAUUGCACUCAUUGGGCACUGGGAUG